ACUAGGUAAGUUUGAUCAAAAGUUUGAAAUUCUUGAGAAAUUUAACUGAUUUCGAAUAAUUCAAGAUCUGCACCAUGUCACGUCCAGUCGGAUUGAUCUUGGCCACCUUCACGGAUGAUGGCCUCGUGCGCAUGACCGCUCUAACCGCCGGAGUCCGCCGUGGCGCUCCGACUUGCUGCCGGGAGGCUCCUGCUCCGGUUGCCAGUCCCGCUGCUGCAAAGGUCAAGGCCCCGAAGGAAUCCACUAAGGGCAAGAUCCUGUUCGUGGGAAAUCUGAAACGAUCCAUCAACAUUCAGCAGCUGGCGGCGGAAUUCGCUCCGUUCGGAACUGUUACGGCACUCCGGCUGGUGAUGGACAAGGAGACAGGCCGCUCCAAGGGAUUCGGUUACGUCCAGUUCGUGGAGGCGGCGGAUGCCGCCAAGGCCAUGGCCCAGAUGAACGGUCGGCUGGUGGAGGGAAAGAAGCUGAAGGUGACGAUGGCGCACCAGCCAAACUUUAUGGAAUUCUGAGAUUUCCAUAUUUGAC